AUGAGGAUGAAAGUCUACGUUCUGCUCAUGGUGAACUUGGCACUUUCAUCAGCGUUCUCCAUCAGCUCGGUAAGAUAUUUCAUCUGUUUUUUUGUAGAAAUUGGUGAAGACAAGGACAUUACAGACGUAAACAAAGGUUAUUUGCAUGAUGAUAUUCUGGAGCUCCAAAGUAUGCAAAAGGGGGCCACUUCUUAUGUGAGCAGACGGUGGACAUUGCCUGUUUCAUAUGUCUUGGGAGAUGACCUCGAGAUGAAUGCUAAAGGAGUCGUCCUGAGAGCUUUUGACCAGUUCAGGUUGAAGUCGUGCAUUGACUUCAAACCAAAGGAUUUGGAAAAAAAUUACAUUUCUGUCCAAAAGUUGAGCGGAUGCUCUUCAUUCGUUGGGCGAGUACAACGCGAUGAACAGGUUCUCUCCAUCGGGAGAUACUGUGAUCAGAUUUCCACUGUUGAACAUGAGUUUCUCCAUGCUCUGGGAUUCUACCACGAACAGUCCAGAUACGACCGAGACGACUUUGUGACGAUUGUGUCAGAAAACAUUCAAACAGGUUUUGAGAGAAAUUUUAGAAAAACUAGCAGUACAAGCAGCACCAACCAGGGAACCCCUUACGACUACGAGUCAGUGAUGCACUACAGCAAAAAUGCAUUCACCAAUGGCAACGGGUCUACAAUUAUCACCAAAGACCCCAAAUUCCAGGAUGUGAUCGGCCAAAGACUGGAAAUGAGUCCGAGUGAUGUUCUGGAGCUGAACCUUCUCUACAAAUGCAACUCAACCAUUGCCUUUAAGAUGCAGUGUGACUUUUCUAAUGGGACCAUGUGUGAGAUGAAUCAGUGUUCACAGAGUGGCAAUGGCUGGGAAAUGGUAACACAAGCUGUUGGGGGUCCUAGCUCUGACCAUACCAGUCUACCCAGUGGAAGUAAUAAAGCUGGUGACAAGUCAAGUUACUUCAUGCACGCUAGCACAGCAUCAGGUAAGCCUGGAGACUCAGCCUGGCUGGAGACCAAGAUGACAAGUCCACAAAGGGAUUGUCAUGUCCAGUGUCUUCAGUUCUACUAUUACCACAGCGGGAGUGAGUCCGAUGUACUUAACAUUUGGAUCAGAGAAUUUCAAGAUGAAAAGGACAACAAAGGAACCCUCCGCCUCAUGGGACAAAUCACUGGUCCACAGACAUCUCACUGGAAGCUCCACCAUGUUUCUCUGAAUGCCACCAAGCACUUUCAGGUGGAGUUUGAGGUUCGCCAAGGAAAAGGGAGCUCUAAAGGCGGCUUUUCAAUCGAUGACAUCAGUCUGUCUGAGCUCGAGUGUCCACAUAUAACCUUGCAAAUCGAUGAUUUUGAGAACCUUUUGGAGACAAGUAGGCUGGGAACCUUUGUAUACAGUCCACGGCAGUACUCCAGGGAGGGCUAUGCCUACCGGGUAGCGGUAAGGCUCUCCAGGACCUACAUUGGAAUGUAUGUACAGCUCUUGUCUGGUGACUAUGAUGAUCAGCUGGAGUGGCCUUGCCCACAAAGGCAAGUGACUUUCCAAAUGCUGGAUCAGAACCCAAAAGUCCAGUUGCAGAUGUCAAAGCAAAGAAGUAUCACGACUGAUGCAAAUCUGAGCGGCUCCAGUGGUACCUUUUACUGGGACAAUCCUCGUAAGAUUGGAACGCAAAUUAAAGAUGAGAAUGGUGAGCUGAUGUUCGCUGGACCUCUGAUGGGCAGGAGCUAUUUUGCGUCUUUGGAAGAAAUGAAGUCCAGAGACUUCCUCAAAGCAGAAAGUGCCAUAUUCAUCUUCAGUUUCCAAGAUCUCACUCCUCUAGUUAAUGGAAGUGCUCUACCAUGUCCUAAGGUGGGACCAGUACAGAUUACACAUCCUCCCACAAAUCAGGAUGACGGUCCAUGCUCACCACGGAUCUCAACCACCACACUUCCACCCCCUAAAACAACCGAUGACAGCAUUUUUGGCUUCUCUCCUGGCAUGGUGGCCUCCCCUGUCCUCAUUCUCCUGCUAGCACUCAUGGUUUUGAUGCCUUGACGUACGUCUCCCACCCACGUCUUCACAUGGACAGCGGCGGCAAAUUUGCUAAAUUCAUUUCAGACGUUCUUCUUGUUGUUUUUCCUGAAUAUAAUUAAAAAUGGACGCCAUUGAUCAGAGCUAAAUAGAUUUACUAUAUGACUGGGAAAUUCAGAGCUUUCCCUUGCAGAUGAUUCAUACUUCAAGUACUUUGCUUAAAUACUUAAAAAUGUGCCUCUAAUGCAACGGUUUGCCUUUGGCAGUGGGACGAUAUGUUUGUUAGGUUAUCAAUCAAGGAUACUUUUGAAACUAUUCAUUGUGAUGUUGUA